AUAGUAACUACCAUUAUGGAAAACUUCCAAAAUGAGUUUAUUUGUUAUCUAUGACUAUUCAGAAUGCAGUCCUCCAAACCAUCACUCCUAUUGCUUAUCUUUUUGGCUUUUGUGGAAUUAAAAUAUGGGCUAUCCCAGGUCUGGAAAACAUUACCACCACCAGUGAAUGGGUUGAUCUUCACUCUCAGCUCCAGAUGACUUGUCCUACUGUUUGUAAGGGUAUGUGUAGUUCCAUUGUGAAAGUGUUGUAAAAAUCUUGAAUGAUUUUAAAAUGUCCUCUUAGCCUAUUGAUUUAUACACUUAUAGUGACUGUCUCAAGUGAUCUGUCACUUCAUGGUUUAUUCUUGAUCUAGCAUUGCUUUAGAGCCAUGAUAAGAUGCAAUGUCAAAUAUCUCAUUGCUCCUUUAAGGAGAUACAGUGUGUCAAUACAGCCAAAGGCCUUGGACCUCUGAGACUUGCUACUGAAAAUCUGGUUCACAAGCUUCAUAGUUUUGCUCAUCAUUGUACUUUUCAAGAUCAUCUCAUGCAGUCUGCUGAGGAGCAAGAUUUCACUAUGUCAUCUGUUACUGAAAAUGGAGAUGUUACUGCUGGAAAGCCAAAUGAGGAGAAAACAUAUAAAAAGACUGCAUCCUCGGCUAUUAAAGGUGCUAUCCAGCUGGGAAUAGGAUACACAGUGGGAAACCUUACGUCGAAACCAGACAGAGAUGUUCUUAUGCAGGACUUCUAUGUAGUGGAAAGUGUCUUUCUACCAAGUGAAGGGAGCAAUCUCACCCCUGCUCAUCAUUACCCUGACUUCCGAUUUAAGACGUAUGCACCUCUUGCCUUCCGCUAUUUCAGAGAACUUUUUGGUAUCAAGCCUGAUGAUUACUUGUACUCCCUCUGCAGUGAGCCUUUAAUAGAAUUAUCCAACCCAGGUGCCAGUGGGUCCUUAUUUUUUGUAACUAGCGAUGACGAGUUCAUCAUCAAAACAGUUCAACACAAAGAGGCUGAGUUUCUUCAGAAGCUCUUGCCAGGUUACUAUAUGAAUCUGAACCAGAAUCCAAGGACUCUUCUACCCAAGUUUUAUGGGCUGUACUGUGUUCAGUCAGGAGGCAUUAAUAUUAGGAUUGUUGUCAUGAACAAUGUUUUGCCUCGAGCCUUGAAAAUGCAUUUCACAUAUGACUUGAAAGGCUCCACAUACAAACGGAGAGCAUCAAGAAAAGAGAGGGAGAAGUCCAACCCUACAUUCAAAGACUUGGAUUUCUUACAAGAUAUGCAUGAAGGGUUGUAUUUUGACUCUGAAACACACAGUGCACUAAUGAAAACACUACAGCGGGAUUGUCGGGUUCUAGAAAGUUUUAAGAUCAUGGAUUACAGUUUGCUAUUGGGAAUCCACAUACUGAACAGUACCAUGAAGGAAAAAGAGGGAGAGAGUUCCCAGAGUGCAUCGGAUGCAAAGCGUCCUGGGGGGCAGAAAGUUCUCUAUUCCACAGCCAUGGAGUCUAUACAGGGCCCUGGAAAGACGGGAGACUCUGUCACCACAGGGACAACAAACACAAUGGGAGGUAUUCCAGCUAAAAGCCAUAAAGAAGAAAAGCUGCUUCUAUUUAUGGGCAUUAUUGAUAUUCUCCAGUCUUACAGAUUAAUGAAGAAGCUGGAACAUUCUUGGAAAGCUCUUGUUUAUGAUGGGGAUACUGUUUCAGUUCACAGACCAAGUUUUUAUGCAGACAGAUUUUUAAAGUUUAUGAGUACAAGAGUUUUUAAGAAAGUUCAAGUUUUAAAGUCUUCACCUUCAAAGAAACGGUGCAAUUCCAUCAUGGCUCUGAAGGCAACAUCACAAGAAAUAGUGUGUGCAGUUAGCCAGGAGUGGAAGGAUGAAAAGCAUGGCAUUCUUGUUGAAGGACAAAGCUAUGCCAGCCUUGAUGAAGAAGUACUAGGUUCACACCACCGGCCAGAUCUGGUGCCAAGCACUCAAUCUCUGUUUGAAGCGACUUCCCUGGCAACCACAAUUUCUUCUUCUUCCUUGAAUGUAGAUGAGCAUUGUCAACGUGAUCAACCUAUACUCUAUUGUAGCAGUAAGGGCUCUUUGCCUUCGAGUUCAACAUUCACUUUAGAAGACAGUGCCAUCUAUUUGACUUCAGAACAGAGCACACUGGAAACGGAAAAUGAUAAUGCUUCAGUUCUGGAUAUCUACUUAUAACAAAGAAUACACAGAGAGUACCAAGGUUAAUGAAGAGCACUUUCUGCACUCCUGAUUUAAGAAGGAGGAAUUUUCUGAGCCUAACAGAUGAAGAGUAAUAGUCAACUGGAUUUAUUCUAAGAAGUGUCAGGAUCUUUGAAAGGAUUGAUGGACUUGGCAAAAAUGACAUGAAACAUUCCACUCUGCUAUCAUCUGCUGUUGCUUGCUGAACUGUGAAGAACUGUAUAUUCAGGCUGCUUUCUACUAUAUUGCCAAUCAUCUUUUAUGGACUUGGAAGUGAUAUUUUCCUAUCAGCUCUCUAGUGGUUUUAUUUGCAUGCAUUCUGUAACUAUGCACAAGCAACAUCUGCUGUCUCCUUUACUUAUUUAAGAAUAAGCACAGUGAUUAAUAAAAUUAAUUAGUUUUGAUCCUUCAGUUCUAAUCACCUAGGUCCACAUUAAUGGAAAUUGGAAUUGAUGUCAUACAAGGGUUAGGGUAAAUCACCGCACAUACUAUAUGAAAAUGAGUCUCUAAAGAAACUUUCACUGCUGGUGAAAAGGAAGAAAAAACAAGUUAUUUAUAAA